GCAGAAGGGGAGACAGAAGCGAUAGGUUCCUCAGCCCCCAGUCCCACCUGAGGGCCCCUUUGUCACUGGAUCUGAUAAGAAACACCACCCCUGCAGCCCCCUCCCCUCACCUGACCAAUGGCCACAGCCUGGCUGGGCCCAGCUCCCUGUAUAUAAGGGGACCCUGGGGGCUGAGCACUACCAAGGCCAGUCCUGAGCAGGCCCAACUCCAGUGCAGCCGCCCACCCUGCCGCCAUGUCUCUGACCAAGACUGAGGGGACCAUCAUUGUGUCCAUGUGGGCCAAGAUCUCCACGCAGGCCGACACCAUCGGCACCGAGACUCUGGAGAGGCUGUUCCUCAGCCACCCGCAGACCAAGACCUACUUCCCGCACUUCGACCUGCACCCGGGGUCCGCGCAGUUGCGCGCGCACGGCUCCAAGGUGGUGGCCGCCGUGGGCGACGCGGUGAAGAGCAUCGACAACAUCGGCGGCGCCCUGUCCAAGCUGAGCGAGCUGCACGCCUACAUCCUGCGCGUGGACCCGGUGAACUUCAAGCUCCUGUCCCACUGCCUGCUGGUCACCCUGGCCGCGCGCUUCCCCGCCGACUUCACGGCCGAGGCCCACGCCGCCUGGGACAAGUUCCUAUCGGUCGUAUCCUCUGUCCUGACCGAGAAGUACCGCUGAGCGCCGCCUCCGGGACCCCCAGGACAGGCUGCGGCCCCUCCCCUGCCCUUCUCCCUCCCACAGUUCCUGCCCUGACUCCAAUAAAUGGAUGAGGACGGA